AUGGAAGAAAAGAGGCGAAAAUACUCCAUCAGCAGCGACAACUCUGACACCACUGACAGCCACACUACAUCUGCCUCAAGAUGCUCCAAACUGCCCAGCAGCACCAAGCCGGGCUGGCCCCGGCAGAACGAAAAGAAGCCCUCAGAGGUUUUCCGGACAGACUUGAUCACAGCGAUGAAGAUCCCAGACUCAUACCAGCUCAGCCCGGAUGACUACUACAUCCUGGCGGAUCCGUGGCGACAGGAAUGGGAGAAAGGUGUGCAGGUGCCCGCUGGGGCAGAGGCCAUUCCAGAACCCGUGGUGAGGAUCCUCCCGCCGCUGGAAGGCCCCCCUUCCCAGGUGUCCCCUAGCAGCUGCGAACUUGGCGAGGGCUCCCAGCCUGAUUGGCCAGGGGGCAGCCGCUAUGACCUGGACGAGAUUGACGCCUACUGGCUGGAGCUCAUCAACUUGGAGCUCAAGGAGAUGGAGAGGCCAGCGCUGGACGAGCUGACCCUGGAGCGUGUGCUGGAGGAGCUGGAGACCCUGUGCCACCAGAACAUGGCGAGGGCCAUUGAGACGCAGGAGGGGCUGGGCAUCGAGUACGACGAGGACGUCGUCUGUGACGUGUGCCGCUCCCCCGAGGGCGAAGACGGCAACGAGAUGGUCUUCUGUGACAAAUGCAACGUCUGCGUGCACCAGGCCUGCUAUGGGAUCCUCAAGGUGCCCACAGGCAGCUGGCUGUGCCGGACGUGUGCCCUGGGUGUCCAGCCAAAGUGCCUGCUCUGCCCCAAGCGAGGAGGAGCCUUGAAGCCGACCAGAAGUGGGACCAAGUGGGUGCACGUCAGCUGCGCUCUGUGGAUUCCUGAGGUCAGCAUCGGCUGCCCCGAGAAGAUGGAGCCCAUCACCAAGAUCUCCCACAUCCCAGCCAGCCGCUGGGCUCUGUCCUGCAGCCUGUGCAAGGAGUGCACGGGCACCUGCAUCCAGUGUUCUAUGCCUUCCUGCAUCACGGCAUUCCACGUCACAUGCGCCUUUGACCAUGGCCUAGAAAUGCGGACUAUAUUAGCAGACAACGACGAGGUCAAGUUCAAGUCGUUCUGCCAGGAGCACAGCGACGGGGGCCCGAGGGCGGAGCCCGCAUCGGAGCCGGUGGAGCCCAGCCCGGCCGGCGAGGACCUGGAGAAGGUGACGCUGCGCAAGCAGCGGCUGCAGCAGCUGGAGGAGGACUUCUACGAGCUGGUGGAGCCGGCCGAGGUGGCCGAGCGCCUGGACCUGGCCGAGGCGCUGGUCGACUUCAUCUACCAGUACUGGAAGCUGAAGAGGAAAGCCAAUGCCAACCAGCCGCUGCUCACCCCCAAGACCGACGAGGUGGACAACCUGGCCCAGCAGGAGCAGGACGUCCUGUACCGCCGCCUGAAGCUCUUCACACACCUGCGGCAGGACCUGGAGCGGGUUAGAAAUCUGUGCUACAUGGUGACAAGGCGCGAGAGAACGAAGCACGCCCUCUGCAAACUCCAGGAGCAGAUAUUCCACCUGCAGAUGAAACUUAUUGAACAGGAUCUGUGUCGAGAGCGGUCUGGGAGGAGACCAAAGGGCAAGAAAAGCGACUCGAAAAGGAAGAGCCGCGAGGGCCCAAAGGGCAGCCCUGAGAAGAAAGAGAAAAUGAAGGCGGGGCCCGACUCAGUCCUGGGGCAGCUGGGCCUGUCCACCUCGUUCCCCAUCGACGGCACCUUCUUCAACAGCUGGCUGGCGCAGUCGGUGCAGAUCACAGCGGAGAACAUGGCCAUGAGCGAAUGGUCGCUCAAUAACGGGCACCGCGAGGACCCGGCCCCCGGGCUGCUGUCAGAGGAGCUGCUGCAAGACGAGGAGACGCUGCUGAGCUUCAUGCGGGACCCCUCGCUGCGGCCCGGCGACCCCGCCAGGAAGGCCCGCGGCCGCGCCGCCCGCCCGCCUGCCAAGAAGAAGCCGCCGCAGGACGGGCCCGGCGCACGGACGGCUCCGGACAAGCCCCCCAAGAAGCCCUGGGGCCAGGAUGCAGGCGGCGGCAAGGGGGGUCCAGGUCAAGGGCCACCCACCCGGAAACCUCCACGGCGAGCGCCUUCGCACCUGCCGUCCAGUCCGACAGCCGGGGACUGCCCCAUCCCAGCGGCGCCCGAGAGCCCCGCGCCGCUGGCCCCCGACGCCCCCGACGAGGCGGCCCCCACGGCCGCCGACGCGAAUGUCCAAGUGCCUGGCCCGGCGGCGGCGGCGGCGGCGGCGGCGGCGGCGGCGAGCCGGCUGCGGCCGCCCCGCGAGAGCAAGGCGGCCCGGAGACCCGCGGGCGCCAGGCCCGAUGCCGGGGCGGGACCCCCUUCCGCGGCGGCCGAGACGCCACAGGUCAGCUCACACUUUGACGCUGAGACUGAUGGUUUCUUCUCUGAUAGGGAGAUGAGCGACUCCGACGUGGAGGCUGAGGACAGCGGGGUACAGCGGGGCCCCCGGGAAGCAGGGGCUGAGGAGGUGGUCCGCAUGGGGGUUUUGGCCUCCUAA